AUGUCAAGUACCUCCAUGCGGGUUGCAGUACUUGGCACGGGCGCGAUCGGCCUCGCCUCCAUAUCGCUGCUACUCUCAAAGGGGCAUGAGGCCGUAGCUUGGUCGCCGCGGGGCCUCUUGCCUGCUGGUCCGAUGCUUCUUACCGCGGAAGGUGCUUUGGAGCACGAAGCGACGGUGGAGGUGGCGGCAACCUGCAGCGAGGCGGUGGCCGGGGCUGAUGCAGUGUUGGUCACCGUAUCUGCUACCGGGUACCGCACGGUGCUGGAAGCGCUGGCUGCGUGCUUGCAGGCUGGCCAGCCGGUCAUAAUAAGUGCGCAACUUUCGCUGGGCGCGCUUUUCCUUUCGCGCCUCCUGGCCCGCCGCGGUAUCACCGCCCCCAUUGCGGCUUGGGGUAGCACGAUGCUCAGCGGCGCCCGCCUCGCACCUAACCGGGUGCUUCUGCGGAACAUUCGUGCUGAGAUCGAUGUAGCUGCCGUCCCACGCAGGGACGGCGAGGCAAUGCUGGACCUUUGCCGCACACUCUUCGGUGACCGAUUCCGGCUUCGAGAUGGACUGAUUGCAAUUACGCUGAGUAAUGUUAAUCCCCAGAAUCACCUCGCCAUCGCCAUGUGCAACCUGUCGCGUAUGGAAAACGGGGAAAAAUGGCGGCAAUGGGCCAACACUACUACCGCAGUCGGCCGUCUGAUGGAGGCGCUUGAUGCCGAGCGUUUGGCUAUCGCGGAGUCGUUUGGCGUGGAGGUGCGCAACAUCCGGCAACACCUUCAUCGCUCUUUCCAUGUGCCAGAAGGCCCCGUUGGAGAGAUGGCAGCGCAGCUCGCGGCUGGGUCGAGUGACCCUCUAGGGCCCGCCACUCUGGAGUCCCGCUAUGUGCUAGAGGAUGCACCAUUCGGUCUCCCCGGGACAGAACUGCUCGGCCGCAUGUGUGGGCGGCCCGCCAUCCUGCACGAGUCAGGCCUAAAGCUGAUAUCUGCUCUGUAUGGCCGCGAUUUCACUGCUGAGAAUGACAUCCUACCCGACCUUAGCCUAGAUAAGAUGGACGCUGCCUUGCUCCAGCGAAUGGCCGAUGAGGGAUGGCAAGAGGAGCCUUAG